UGGAGCACGAACUCGACGAGCUGCCCGGCAAAAUAUACACCGAGAAUCGGCCUCAUGAUUUUCCGAGGAAUGUAGAGCGUCAAAUACAAACCAACGGAAUCGACCUAUUCCUCUCCUUAUUGAAAUAUCAAGGAUGGAUGAUGGACCAUGAAUGGAAUGGUUGGAAGAAGCUGGGGACCUUCUGUUAUGGGAUCUGCAAUUUCGCUCUAUUGAUAGCUGUAAUGUCGGGUGGUAUUUUGGGCUUAUCCAAAGGCCGUGCCGCUCAGUCUCAGGAGACGUUUUUAAUCACGCUUUGCACAGUUCUGAGCGAUGUGAGGAGGCUACUCACCAUGUUUGCUUUGAUAAUGGACGCAAACAAAAUACGCCGAAUGAACGAAACGUUGAAGGAAACAAUCGAGUUUGGCUUCUAUUAUUCGCCUGGAAUUUCCGCACCGAUUCACGAGAGAAGUAGGCGACAAUCGUAUUGCCUGUUGAUAAUCUAUCAUUUGUAUUUUGGAGCGAUAAGUACGUGUUGGAUCCUGAUGCCUGUCUUGGAUGUCUACAGAGCUCAUCCUAACGUGGACUAUGAGAAGAUUGACCUACCAUUCCCGCAUUCAUAUUUUUGGAUGGAUAAAAAAACUCACUUCUGUUACGGACUUCUUGCCAGUGUGUGCGCUCUUCUGAAAGGACAACUAUCAAUUUUGGUGGAGUCGAUGCGAUUGGCGACCGGGUCGUCCCGACACGUUCUUCGUCACGAUUACCAACCGAUGGUCAGCCUUUUUGGCCCAUUGCUAAUGUCGACGAGAGCAUCGAAGACAGCAACAGCUCAAAACGAGCCCGAUCAACGAACAGCGAACAGCAUCGAUUUUAGGAAAUGCAUUAGGCACCAUCAGAUGAUCCUUCGUGCUCUGAAGGAACUUAAGGUACUAAUGGGGCCUCAAAUUUUUAUAAAUAUUCAUUUUUCCUGCGCCUUUUUCAUCCUUGUCGGCGCAGCUGAAACCUGGGUAAAAAUCUUUUCUACUCUAAUCAGUUACAACUGGACGUAUAUUUGCACAUAA